AUGGCUCGAGUGAUGGUCCUGGGUGGUUACGGCGGCACAGGUCGCCCCGUGUCGCAUCGCCUCGUCGAAGAGCUGGCUUGCGAAGUGGUCGUCGCCGGCCGCGACCUCGAACGUGCUCAAGCGUUCGCGGAUGUGCUCGCAAAGCAGUUCCCAGGCCGGAAGGUAAGUGGAGUUCGCGUCGACGCAACCGAUGCGACGUCCCUGAAAGCGGCGCUCCAGUCCGUCGAUCUGCUCAUUGUCACGACGACAACCCCAGAUGCGAUGCCAUCCAUCGUGCAAGCUGCACUCGCGACGAACACCGACACCAUCGACGUGAUGUUCAAAUCAGACGUGUACGACCGCCUCGCCGAGAUGCAGUCUGAGAUCCUUGCUGCUGGGCGCUUGGUGGUGACCCAGGCCGGAUGUCACCCGGGCCUUGUGGCACCCUUGGUCAAAUACGCCUCGCAGAACCUCAUCCGGGUGCAGUCCGCACGUGUCUUCAUGGCUUUCGGCUCCGCCUUUGACAGCCCCGCCUCAGCGCGAGAGCUGAUCGAGGAAUGCGCGAUCUCCUCGGCGCGGGUGCUCGAGGGGGGCAUGUGGCGCGACGCGACAUACAAGGACACUGCUCAGGGCACUUUUGGAUGCAGCUUCGGCGACCAGGAGUGCUACCCCCUCCGCAUGCUGGAGCUCGAGGCUCUGGACGCUGACAGCCUCGGCCUCCGGGAUGCGGGAUCCUAUGCUGCAGGCUUCAACUGGUUUGUUGACUACAUGGUUCUGCCACUGGCCAUGAUGCUUGGGCGACGGGGCGUGGGCUGCCUGACGGGCCUCUUCAAUUGGGGCGUGCGCCGCUUCGGCGCCCGCGGUGAGGGUGUGGUCUUCCGUGCGGAGGUGGAGGGCACGCCGGCAAGGGCCACAGAGGAAUCGCAAGGGCAAGGCCCGCGCCGCGCAGUCGUCACCGUGACCAGCCCUGAUGCGUACGAUUUCACCGCCGCCGCGGUGGUCUCGUGUGUGGCGCAGGUGUUGGACGGCUCCAUCAAGCGCCCGGGGUUUCAUCUCAUGGGUUCGGUCGUGGACCCUGACCGCACACUUAGGGAUGUUCAGCGCAUGGGUGCCACUCUGUCUUGGGAAGACUCAUGA